AAUGUUAUAAUAUAAAAAGAUGAACAAACUUUUCCUACGUUGUCAAUAGUUGUAUUUAUCCCGGUGUUUUUUGUUGCGAAAGCCCUUAAAGUUUGAGUUUCUAUUCAAUAAUUGAUGAUUUAACAUAGCGUGGUUUUGUUGGCCUUCAUCUUUUAGGUGGUGUUUUACAUACAAGCAGCAAUGUUGAAAAAAAAGCAACCUAGAAAGAGUGAACAUACAACGGCUAAUAUUACAGAAAAGAAGUAGGCUAGAAUUAAAUAGAAUGGAAGAAUAAUCAUUUAAAAGUUAUCUUUCUGAUCGCCAGUAUUACCUUCCUAACUUCCUAAGUAUAUACUCCCAAUAUUUCUGCAAUGUGUCAACAGUACCGUCAUCAUCAGUCAAAACAAAACAAAAAAGAAACCAGUUUAUUUUAAUUAGUUUCUACUCAAUUAAUAAUAUAAUUAAUCCAAUAUAAUGACAAAAUAAUCUUUAUUGGUGACAAAUAGUGAUUAAAUUGUCUGGAGAAUGCAUCAAAUUAGGUCAUUUCUGUAAAAAAAACUUUUUCUUAAAACGUCAUAAUCUUUCAGUUUAUUUCAUUGCAUUUAAAUAGCAUAUUGACGUUAUGCAACGAUUAGAACCGUUUGUUUACCUUUGGAAUUCAGGUUAAUGAUUAUCUUGUGAAUUAGCUUGCCUUUUUUAAGUUUCACAAGAAAACAGAAAUCAUGUAGUUACUAACGUUAGCUGUUGAAGAAGAGAUGUACACUUGUAUUGAUUAUAAAAGUUCUUGAAAAUUUGCAAACUGUCUUUCUAUAUGCUCUUUUUGCAAAAUUAUCAAUAGAAUUAGUAUGAGCAAUGUUAACAACAACUGGACAAUGUUAGGUGCAACUGAGCAAUGUUGAUAUAACAACUGGACAAUGUUGGAUGACAACUGAACAAUGUGGGAUAACAACUGAACAAUGUUGGAUGAAAUGUAAUUAGACAUCACAUAAUCCGACAACUCUCAUUGAGAUGGUAACUGAAUAGUUGCGUGCUGAUAUACGUUCUGCAAAAUAACAUGUUUGCGAAAUGCCAUGGGAACGGAGAAAGAAAUUUUUUAACAUAACUUUAUGAUUUAAAAUACUAUUACUUUAACAAGAGAAGGAUAAAGAUGACUAAUAACGAACUUACAGGCAAUAAAAAGGCAGAAAAACCUUCCUUUUUAUCGAAACGGGUUUUAAGAACACAAAAGAGGAAUGCUUGGGAGAGUCUUAUUUUGUCAAAUCAACAAGAACAACUGGAUAAACAAAAAUGGAAUCGCUAUGCAACACAUUUUACGAAUAUGUCCAAAAUGACAAAGGUAAUCACAGGUAUUAGAAGUGUAAAAGAACGUGCACCUGUUAGUCCAGAAAGGAGACGAUUUUUAGCUGGUAGUGGUUUUACUGUGAAAGAAAAAUGUUAUGAUAUGAAUGAUUUUCUGUCAUUGAUGGAUGAUGUUAUAUAUCCAGUGAAGAAAAAUAAGGAAAAGAAAGGUUUUGACGAGAAAGAAAGAGCUUUAUUGCGUUUAAAUAGUUUCACGAAGAAAAAAGAUUCUCUAGAGGACUUGAUAGAAUUGGAAGAAGAAGUAAGAUCAGAGGAUAAAUUUGUUCAUCUCGAUAAAAAACCCAGUUCAACAAGAGCUCGCCCAUUAUUUAUACGUCAUAUUACUCCUCCGCUAAGGGGACGUGAAGUUUGGAAGGUACACCAAGAAAGAGAGGAAGAGCAACGGUAUAUGACUGCUAUGCAGUGCUUCCAUGGAACGGAUGCAAAAAGUGGUCAUAAACAGACAGGUUCAAACAGAUCGAGUGGUAAACGAGACAAUAAACCUGGGAAACAGAGAACAAGUAAACAGAAAGAUAGAGAUGUGAAAUUAGAGGAUUAUAAUGAAGACUCAACAAAUAACAAACAAACACGAAAAUUCAGUGUAGUUCCAGAUUUUAACAGUUUACCAAAAACUAUAAUUGACGCGCCAAACCAUGCACAAGCUAUAAUUGACGCGCCAAACCAUGCACAAGCUAUUGUCGAGGCACCGAUUUCGCAGCAUAUCUCCUUUAAAAGUCUUUUGAAAUCCAGUGCAGCAAUGAAAGAUAAUCAAACGUUGAACACAGCCGACUCUAUACCAAUUCAAAAAACAGCUUUGAGCAAAGAAACAAAUUUUACUGUGAAUAAAAACUACAAUAAAAAUGUACGCAUUCAUUCCGCACGAAAACAACCGGCUAGAACAUACUCUCAAAUGCAGCUAAACGUUAGUGGACGUUGUUUCUCUGUGUUUGUUCCAAAAUUUUCUAAGAACCAUUUAAAGACGUAG